GAUUCUAUUCUGGGAUGUUUGUUCUGCUCAAAAGUGGAAUAAACUAGGGGUUAUUGGGCCAAUGUCUGAAUGUAGCACCCUGGGUGUUCGGACUUGGGGUAAUGGGCAAACUCUGACUUAAUCCUCGGGUCUUAUAGCGAAGUGAAACGUAACUCUUUUACAAACUCAUGGCCAAAGCUUAAAGUCAGAAACAUAACUUGUUACUUGACCUAGGUCAACGCCAGACGCAAUUUUUGCAACACGAAAUACCAUAAAUUUCAUUUAUCUCUUCAAUACAGUAACGAAGUACAGACUAAUUAAAACAGCGAAGAGAAGGGAAUUAGCAACAAAACGAGAUUUGUUAAAACAUUUAACAGGAAACAAAAUGAAUUAAAAUAUCAAAUAACAUCAUGAAUGCUAAACACGCACAUUUAAAACCCAACUCGUGCCAGCAACAACCUUGAGAAAUUGGGAAUUGUUUAUUUUGAGUAACGGUGACAAACAACAAUCGUUAUGGUAAGGUAAUCAUUAAAGGUAGUUAAUCAUUAAAGAAGUUGUGAACCUUGUAUCACAUAGUUUACAAUAUUUAAGGUUGGUAACUAUAUAAACCUUGGGUCUGUGGUUUAGUCGUUUAGUCGACCGCUACCACAUCAUAUCUUUUUUUUUCUAAUUACGAAUUUGGUAAUUACGAAUUUAAUUACGAAUUUGGUGAAAAUUUAAUAAUUAUCUUUUACAGUUGCGAGAAUACUAUUUUACAGUUCGGUAAAGUUAUAGUAUACUACCAAAUAAGACAAUAAAUGAGAAUAAAAUAUGAACCAUUUUACCCCAACCUACUAUAAUAUGUAAACUGAUUUUUAUUGAAUAAAGUUUUAAACAGAGCUUUAGUGCAUUUUUAAUAUGGUAGCACAGUCUCAACUUGAGAGUCUAUUACUACAAAGUGGAGGUGGAUUUAUAUUCCAAACUCUACUUGCCGAUGUCUUACUGUUUGCCGCGCUGGUAUUUGUAACUGCUAAGUAUGUAAGUCCUGCCGUAAAACACCAGGUUUUAUUGAGAAAAUGCGCAAAAGAAGUUGGAGGUCCAAAAGGACAUUGGUUCUAUGGCGAUUUACUUGAGUAUGGCUAUGAUGAAACUGGAGUAUGGAACAGCGUGAAGCGAUGUGAAGAAUUCCCAGCAAUGUGCAGUCAAUGGUUGGGUCCUGCACAAAUGAAUGUACAGCUAUAUCACCCAGAUGUUACAAAGACUGUGCUAUCCAAGUCAUACCCAAAAAGUUACGCUUACAACAAGUUCUUAAAACCUUUGCUACGAGAUGGUUUGGUGACGUCAAAAGGCGAUUUAUGGAAACGUCACAGAAGGUUGCUAACCCCUAUCUUCCAUUUCGAUAUUUUGAAAUCCCAUGUCCAAAUUUUUAACCAAAACUCAUCACGCUUGCUUGAAUGGAUGGAGGAAACCUCAAAAAGUGACGUUGGGCGUGAUGUAGCUGUUCCAGACUGUGACAUGGCGUUUAACAAUGUAAUGGAAUGUGUGAUGUCUAAGAAAAGCAGUGACCUAACAGGAGAGACCACAAGGUACACUGGCUAUGUACAAUCUGUAUCAGCCAUGAUGUUUCAAAGGUUAUGUCAACCAAUCCUGCACAGCGAUUCUAUGUUUAAAGUUUCCGGCCUCGGACGCAGGUUUGCCGUCGCGAAAAAGGGGAUAGAAGAUUAUGCAAACAAGAUAAUAAUAGAACGACGGGCAAUACUUUCAAGCAAUUCCCCAAAUAGUGAACUAACCACGACGACUGUAAAAGAUGACGUCACUGGCACGUCAUUCAAUUUCAACAGACGUAAAGGGAAAAUGGUCGAUUUUCUGGACAUACUUAUACAAACAAAGGACCAAGACGGCGUUGGUUUAACAAACGAUGAAAUAAACGACGAGGUUAUAACUUUCUUCAGCGCUGGACACGAGACCGUUUCAAACGCUAUAACAUGGAGUCUGUAUACUCUCGCAUCAAACCUAGACUGCCAAACAAGAUGCAGAGAAGAGAUAAAAUCUGCAGUUGGGGAUAAAGAGACUCUCGAAUGGGCCGACUUAUCCAAGUUGCCAUACAUGACACAAUGCAUUAAAGAAGCGAUGCGACUUUUCCCCACUUUACACGUGGUUGGGAGACAGCUUACUGAAGACGUUACAUUAUCACAUCGAUUUAACGAUUGGAAACCAGUUACACUACCUAAGGGGUCAAGCAUAGGAGUAAAUAUCUUCGCAAUGAACCGUAACCCGCACAUAUGGGACGAACCAGAGAAAUUCGACCCUGAACGAUUUAGCCCAGACAACACGGCAAAUAGGUCACCUCAUGCGUUUAUACCGUUCGGCGCUGGGCCAAGAAACUGCAUCGGACAGAACUUCGGCAUGCAGCAGAUCAGAGUUGUACUGAGCAAAGUGCUGAGAAAAUACGAAGUCUACGUAGAUGAGACUUUGCCGAAACCAGUCAUGGUCCCAGGAGUUGCCAUGCAGCCCAAAAAUGGCGUCUACAUAAAAGUCAGAAAACUGUCGAAAGAGUGACGUUUAGCAGCGGAACAAUUUUACGAAAAGGAAAAUGUUUAAUCUGACACUUAAUCUUUACAUUGUAUAUCUUAACUUAACACAAUAAAAACGUCAAAUCAA